AUGACCGUGCCAGUGGUGAGGAAGCGCGCAAAGCACUCCAAGACCCGCUCUGGAUGCCGGACCUGCAGGCAGCGCCACGUCAAGUGUGACGAGACCCGUCCGGUCUGCAAUGCGUGCUCCAGCAGUAACCGGGUCUGCGGCGGCUACGACUUUGUGCCUCUGCCGUCUGCGUCCUACAGGCCGAGACGAAUCGUUGCGGCCAUCGAAAAGGGGCCCGUCAUCGCCAGUAUUGAGCUGACGCCGUUUGAGAGCGCCGCCUUCGACUACUUCCGUCUCUUCACAGUCAACCAGCUGCCGCAAAAGCUAUGGUGGCAGCAUGUCGUCCUCGAUCUCGGCCGAUCAGAGCCUGCGCUGGCCCAUGCUGCUACUGCUUUGGGCUCGAUGCACAGAUCUCUUACGCUCUCUUCCCAACCUUGCAUUGACAAGUCUCAGCAUGAGUUCGCUACUGGCCAGUAUAGCAAAGCAAUGCGUCUCAUGCGGCAGUACAUCGAGCGAGGCCAGAAGAGUGAUAAUCAGCUUCGAGAGAAUGAGGUCGUCAUUGUGUUGCUCACUUCUCUCCUAUUCUUCUGCCUCGAGGCUUAUAUGGGGCGGGAUGAGCAGUCGACCAUGCAUUUGCGGACUGGUCUCAAGAUCCUCUACGAGCAUGUGCAGGGUGAUAGUAGUCCCGCCACUGAGAGCGACGACGACAAGGUGAUCACAACGACGACCUCCAUGCGAAGCUACUUGGAUGCAUUGAAGUACACUUUCGUACUAAUGGAUUCUGACCUCAACAUGGUCGAUGAGGAAGAACCAUACCUUCAAACACUUUGCCUGGACAGAUUGCCACUUGCCUUUCAAAACGUCCAGUCAGCCCAUAUCCAUCUUGACUACGUAGCAACUCGAGCGAACCUGGUCUGGCGAGAACUUCUCACCAUCUGCGAAGGCUAUCUUGAGGACAACGCUGACCUGUGCGUUGGUUUGGAUGACGAGACGUCCGACUUCUUCCUUGGUUGCAUCUCUCGAAUCGUGCCUAUUGAAUCUGACGAUGGCUUCUUGACGAGCUAUCAGUCGAUGCGGCAGGACCUUCGCAACUGGCUGAAUGCGUGGGCGACGGUUUCGCAGGAUCAGAACAACAUGACCGACCAUCUCCUCUGCCAGAUCUUCUUCUUCUACGUCUGGUAUCGGGUCGAGACAUGGCGAGAUGCAACCGAGAUGCUGGCGGAUCGCUUCGAAGAACAGUUCGCACACAUCACCAACCUUGCCGAAAAGUAUCUCAAUCUCCAUCAGACCUCGUCGCAGUACAUUUCCAGCGGCUCGUCCGGCAAGACGUUCAGCACGCCGCCUCUGUUCAGUUUCGGGACUGGUUUCGUGACUGCGAUGAUGGUCAUCGCUAUCAAGUGUCGUAUAUCUUCCAUUCGACGUCGCUGCAUUGCCAUCAUUCGGCAAAUCAACCUCCAAGGUGUCUUUGACAGUGCGUACCUUGCUGCAUAUCUCGAGGCGAUUGCAGAUCUAGAAGAGCGGCGGGCCAGAAAGAUAUGUGGAUAUCCCGAGGACAAGACCGCCUUCGAGAUGGACGAUAUCCCCGAAGAAGCACGCCUCUUCGAGCCCAUGAUGCUUCCUGGUAGACACCUCAACCAGACUGCCUUCUACACUUCAGACAAAGGAAGUAUGGUCUUUGCCGAGCUCCUUGACGGACCAGGCAGCACAUUGAUUAUUCGAAGCCACGCCUUUUCUCGAUGA